AUUACCGUUGUCCCGACGAAAUUCUGGACGACAUUUCCACCAUGGAGCCGAACGACAGGCCCGGGGAUGUUCUGCUUCCGAUUCAGAUCCAAUACAAGCUGCGAUGGCGUCACAAAACCGACCACACCAGAGUCAUGUUCGACGAGAGCCCAGACAUUGACGCUACGUAGGAGUACUUCAACAAAUGCUAUGUCGAGUGGGGAGAAGGAAAAGAAAACGAGGCCAUGGCCGAGGCUCUGAGCGAGAUAAACCUGCCGACAAACAUCAGAUAUAUUGUUGGGUUUGGCCUGGGCAGCAUUGCUAUUAGGAAUGAGGAUGGGCCCAAACAGUGCUGGGAACGCAAGAAACGUUGCAAUUUCCAGCAUGCAAUGCUAUUAAACCUCCGCGACGCUCUUCAGCCCCAUUCCAAGGAGAAUAUCACCUGCAUCGCGCAAGACCCGGCCUACGAUGAAACGGACGUCGACGUCUUAGACGCGGUAGACAUCAUCACUCUCAGCGACCCCGACGGGCUUAUGGUGGUCACCCCCAAUUCCGUUGUCAUGUCCAUCCACCCUACCGCGCCGGUGCGAGCCAUCCUCGCAGAUUUUGUGGUCCGCCCAGCCAUGUUCAUCUGCGACAAGCUGAGGGACCUGUCCCUGCCGGAUCCGGUCAUGGGGUCCCAAAAUGAAAAUGAUACCCCAACACUGAUGCUCGAGGAAGAGUACGCGCUCAUCUACGAGCCGCCACCAGAACCCGGGGCCAUGCUCUUCAACAUUGGCUUCUACCUCCGCAAGGACAUAACCACGGACCCGGCGUGGCUGGAGGCUGGCUACGCGGCCGAUGAGGACAUCCCGAAGAAAAAGCCCAAAAAGAAGAAGCGGAAGAAGAAGGUGUACAGACUUGGGACCUUUAAUGUCUGUGACCGACAAACAAUUUCUAUUUAG